UGCGCCAGCUUCCACAAUGACGGCAAUGGAUGGGUACCUUCUAUUUUGGGAAGUAACAACUUGCAGCAGGUGCCUGACCGGCCAUCCCUUCCACUUGAAGUAGGAACACGAGCAGACUGGUUUUCCAACAACUCCCACCACCUCAUUCCUUUUCUUUCCCCAGCUUCAACCUGUUACCCUGUCCUUGCUAUCACCCUCGGUAGCAUUUCUACCAGGGACUAACCCUCCAGACGACUCUGACAUCUUUACUACCCGAACCUGUUACCCUGUCCUUGUUAUCACCCUCAGCAUUUCCACCAGGGACCAACUAUCUUAACCUUCCCAUAACCUGGCAGCGAUCUACCGCAUCGUGGCAAGAUGUUGAAACGAAGCGCGGAACAGACGCUCGGAAGAAGUCCCAAGAAAGCGAAAUUACAGACAGUUGUCGGAAUAAUCUACCGCCCUGACCUCGUCAGCAGCGGCGAUUCUGACUCACUUCACCAAGACCUCAUCUCGACUCCUAUCAAACUACACGACAAGGGAAUUUUGGGCAACGAUAUGGGCGAACGGCUCCUCGGGGACAUGGAGACCAUCAUGGAGACACUGGCGACAAUCAAAGCCGACCACAUUGCUCUCAAAGCCGACCACACUGCUCUCAAGGCCGACCACAUUGCUACCGAAGGCGACCUCUGUGAACUUAGAGCAAAAACCGGUAAACUCGAAGCCGAGAGCGACGAAAUGCAGACGCUCAUGUCGUCGACAUUCCCAGUACGACAAAAGAUACUGGAAGAGCAAGUUGGCUUUCAGGGACGCAGUCGACAAAAACUACUUGCCAAGCGAAAUGCUGAGGCACAUGGAGGAAACAUCAUUUCGGACUCGUUCAUGUUGCGACUCAAAGCCGCUUCCAAAAGAGAGACGACGGAAGACGCGCAGCAUGAGAUGACCGCAUGGAAAGUAGGAUUCAAAAUCUGUUAUCAUGUUGAACCUUGGAAAGGCCGGUACUCUCAUGUUUCUGAUGAUAGCGUUGUUCACCGAAUCCGCAGCGCGCCAAAGGCUGUUGUUGAAGCCUUCAACAUGCACGCUAAUUGCGUUACCUUGCAAGCCUUUCAGAAGAUUUCCGCCGAACGCCGGUCAACAUUCAGGGAUAAAUGCCGUGCCUUUGUCAAGCCAUGGAUUGAGCGAAGACGCAUAGAUACGGAGAGUCUCGACACGGAGUUGGAGGAAAUCGUUGAGGAGUACGAUGACAUAAUGGGUAUGUCGGUCUAG